AUGAAUGUGAUUUUUAUUCAAAGCUUUACACUGAAGGGUUCUUCAGAUCCUCUGGUUGUUCCUCUGGGAGGUUCAGUGGUUCUGCCCUGUUCUGUUGAUUCACUCUUACCACUGAAAGAUCUGGAGGUGGAAUGGAGAAGAUCAGACUCACAGACUCUCAUUCAUCUGUAUCAAGAUGAGGAUAUCAGACCAGAGGCUCAACAUCAGGAUUAUCAUGAUAGAGCUCAUUUCUUCACUGAAGACAUUAAACAUGGAAACUUCUCUCUUCGACUAGAUCAUGUGAGAACUGAAGAUGAGGGACAAUACACAUGUAAAGUUUACAGUGGACACGAGUCUAAUGAAACUGUGGUGGAAAUUAAACAUGUUGAGCGUUUGAUAGUGUCAGGAUCAAGUCCGUCCAUUUCUGCAUCUGUGGGUGGUGAUGUCACUCUGAACUGCUCUGUGGACUCUCACAUUAAACCUGAAGAGAUUGAAGAGGUUUCAUGGAGGAAAAUAGAUAGAGGCGAACCAAUCACAGUUCUGCUUUAUCAAUACAAUGAAACUUUAUCAGACGCAUCAGAUGAGCGAUACAGAGACAGAGUUGAGUUCUUCACUGAUGAAAUCCACAGAGGAAACUUCUCUCUCAGAAUGAAGAGAGUCACAACUGAAGAUAAAGGAGUUUACAUCUGUCAAGUGUUUAAUGGACGACUUUCAGCAAACACAACUGUAAUAAUGGAGAGACUGGGUUUAUCAGAUUUACACAUAUUGGUGUUGAUUCUGUGUAUUACUGCAUGUGGAUCUGCUCUUCUGUUCUGCUCUCUCAUUUACUGCAGACCGAACACGGGGUUCAUUGUAGAAGGUUAUAACUGUGUUCAUUUUGGAGAUGCAGUGGUUCUGCCCUGUUUCAUUGAUCCAUGUUUAAUAAAAGAAGAUCUAAAGGUGGAAUGGAGUAAAUCAGGUUUGGAGAGUCCAGUGUGUGUGUAUGAAGAUGGAGAUAUGAGACCAGAGGUCCAGCAUCAGGAUUAUCAUGAUAGAGCUCAUUUCUUGACUGAGAAAAUGAAGCAUGGAGACUUCUCACUCCUGUUGAAGAACCUGAAAAAAGAGGAUGCGGGACAAUACACAUGUAAAGUUUACACUGGACAAAGAUCUGUGUUUUCAGUCAGUGUGAGUUUGAAACACAAAGUCUUUUUUGGUUCGUGGUUCAGUGUGGAACAUUCUAGUGAUCUGGUUGUUCCUCUGGGAGGUUCAGUGGUUCUGCCCUGUUCUGUUGAUUUACUCUUACCACUGGAGGAUCUGAAGGUGGAAUGGAGAAGAUCAGAUUUAAAGAAUCCAUUGUGUGUUUAUCAAGAUGAAGAUAUCAGACCAGAGGCUCACCAUCAGGAUUAUCAUAAUAGAGCUCAUUUCUAUAAGACAUUAAACGUGGAAACUUCUCCCUCCUGUUGAACAAUCUGACAGCUGAAGAUGAGGGGCAAUACACAUGUAAAGUUCACAUACAGAAAUAUGAGUUUUCACUAGGCAGAAAGUUGGUACCGAGACUUCUAGUUUCAGGUUUCUGUCUUCAGAUGCUUUUGGUCUUCUGUCCAAAUCUUAUCAUGUUCUUUGCUUUUAUCUUCUGGGGUGUUUCUGAAGGUUCUGUGAAUGAGAUGAUCAGCUGCUGUGCUCUUUAUUUUCUCAGUCCUCUCACAUUAUUAUGGGCGGCUCCAUAUAUAAAUGAUUUUAAAG